UUGACAGGCGGCUUCGCUCACCUGCUGCUGCGUGUUGGAGAAGUUUAAGCUCAGAAAGUUAAGGACUGAAAACCCUUUUUCCUGUCAGCUUUAACACUUUUAGCUCAUUUAACCGUGCAGCGGCUCUGUUCCUGGUUGCUAGGGUUACCCGUUACCAGGGUUACUAUGGCUGACCAGGCUGCUGAAGAAGAUGAGCAGGGAGUAGCAGAAGGAGGAUCUCUCACUGAAGCCCAGAGACAGAUGUUGGACAGAUGUCUGCACGCGCUCAGGCACGCCAAGAAUGAUAGCCAGACGUUAGCUGCGCUGCUGCUGAUGACCCGCCUGUGCCCGGCCAACCAGCUGGAUAAAUCCACCGUACGGCGCAUCUUUGACGCGGUGGGCCUAAACCUGCCGGCCCGGCUCCUGGUGACGGCCGUUCGGGGGGCCGACGGAUCGGCUCUGCCCCCCCAGGAGCUGCUGUCUCUGGGCGCGGCUCUGCUCGCCGCCCUGAGCGCAGACCCCGUCAUGGCCGCCCACCCCCAGCUGCUUGCCACCAUCCCCCUGCUGCUUGACCUCCUGGCCGAGGGGGGUGUGUGUCACCAGCAGAACCGGGCCGGGGUCGGCCCAGAGGACCUUCCCAAAGGGCCCGAUGAGGCGAGGAGGAGGAGGAGUUCUGCUGGGGAUGAAGGCAGCGAUGCAGACGGGUCUGCAGCCUCCAGACUGGAGCAGGCCGUGGCUGCUGACUGCUUCCAGGUUCUGACGGCUGUGUGCGCUCUACCCAGGGGCCCCGAGCAGCUCCUGAACCGGGGGGCCGUCCCUGCUCUGUGCCGGGCCGUGGAACAGAACCGGACCCCGACCCACCAGAGGGCGCUCUCCCUUCUCGGGAUCCUGCUCUGCAGUAAAGCCAAAGAGAAAGCCUGGAGGAACCACCAAGCAGAGCUCCUCUCUCUGCUGCUCCGACUCUCCAGAGACUUGCUCCGGUCGGCGGACCUGAGCCGCUUCCAGAUGUGCUCCUCCCUGGUGGCGUUCCUGCCCCCCGCAGGCGUGGCGUCGCAGAGCGAGGAGCUGAAGGAGGCGGUGAGCAGCGUGUGGGCGGCGCUCAGACCCAUGCUGCAGGCCAAGUUAACGCCCAAACAGAUGGGCCCGGUUCUGGUCCUCGGUGCCUGCUUACUGGACCUGUACGGCUGGGAGUCGGCCGGUCCACCCAAGUUCUGCUGCCUGCUGGUGAACCGGGCCUGCGUGGAGGUCAGGAUGGCUUUGGAAGAACCUCCUGGGAACGAUCUGAGCGCAGAGCUGCAGAACACGCUCACAGGAUGUUACCGCAUCAUGGAGGCCGCCAUGGAGCAGGCCUGCACCUCCUUAGACGCGGCGCCGCCUCCCGGCUCCUCCCUCAGCCUGCAGCAGAGCCAGCAGGUCCUCGGGGUUCUGCAGGAGGCCUUCUCCGCCGUCAUGUUCCACCUGCAGCAGGUGGAUCCCAGCCGCUUCUCCGAGCCGUUCGUGUUGGCGUCGUUCCGCGCUCUCUGCUCGUGGCUGGCUGAGGAGACGUCCUGCCUGAAAGAGGAGGUCACCGCGCUCUUGCCGUUUCUGGUCGAUUACGCUCGCCGUCACCUGCAGGAAGGACCCUCUGGGCGGGGCCUCUCUGAUUGGAUGGCCCAGGUGUCCGUCAGUGAGGAGGGAGGAGUCUGGACUGGCGAGGAGGCUCUCAGGUACCUCCUUCCUGCUCUGUGCCACCUGUCGGCAGAGGACGCUCCCCGGAAGGUUCUGCUGGACCUGGACACCCCGCUGCUGCUGGUGGACUUCCUGAAGCGGACCUGGACCUCCAUGAGGGGGAGGAGUGGCUCGGCGCUGACCAGAGACCCCAGCAUGGAGACGGCGUGCUCCGCCCUCCUCAACUUCAUAGUGACGGAGCCGGAGAGAGUCAGGAAGGAUCCGUGUUUCAGAGCGCUGGAGGCCCAUCUGAGUGAAGCUCUUCCUGUUCUGGUCAAUAAGCCCCGCCUCCUGGUCCUAGCAGCCAAUUACUGCACUGUGGGGCUGAUGAUCGGCCGACUGAAGCCUCCAGCUGCAGGUCCGGCUGAAGCCGCCCAGAGACGGUUCUUCUCUGCAGCUCUGCGGCUCCUCCAGGGCGCCCUGCGCUCCUCCUCGGGUUCCGGUCCGGUGAGCGACGGCUGGAAGGAGGCGGCGGAGCUGUGGCGUCUGUCCCUGCAGGCCCUGGGAGGCUGCGUCCGGACUCAGCCGUGGAUCGUCGCUCUGAUCCGAGAUGAAGGCUGGCUGAAGCACGGCGUGCUGACGGGGGGCGGCGCCCCACCUGACCCUCAGACCGAGGAAGUUCUGGAGGAGGUUCUGUGUGCCGUGGCGGAGCGCUGCCAGGACUGUCGGCAGGAGAUCAGGGAAAUGAUGAGGAGCGGAGGGGGAGGAGCUCUGAGGAUGAAGAGUCUGAGGAAGAUGGUGGGAGUUUGAAGCUCGGGAGGCCAGAUGUUUCUGUCAAAUGAUGAAUAAAGAUUAUUUUACUACA